UUCUACAACAACUAUUAAAACAAGAUUGUAUUUGACGAACAAAACAGACUGCCGUCAAAAUGAACUCCACAACCGCAGACUCUUUGGGUCUGUCCCCAGUCCUCGUCGCACUCCGUACUUGUUUCAUUGCCAUCAUUGCACUGCUGAUUAUAUCUGGGAAUAUUCUUUCAAUUGCCGUGACAUGCCGUGUAACCAACUUAGCUGACAGCACCAAGGUUCUGAUGACAUCACUGGCUGUAUCCGACCUUCUGGUUGGUUUCCUGUCACUGUUCUAUACUAUAGCAUCUGCUCUAAAUAAAUGGCCUUUUGGGAAUAUGGGAUGUCAGAUAUCCAUGAUUUGUUCUACAGCGUGUUUCACCAUGUCAAUACUUUCAUUGACUUUUCUGAAUGUUGAACGCUAUGUAGCUAUCACCCGGCCAUAUAAAUUUCCCUUAUGGUGUACUGGACGUCGUGCAAUAACACUCGUAGUUGUGGCAUCUACACUUGGUUUGUCUGCAGGACCGUUUUCUCUGCUUUUAUUCAACCAAACUGCUAAAUAUUUUGCGGGGCCGACGAUUUGCUUUUUUAGUAACACCUCGCCUGUUUUCAGCAUCACAAACCUUCUUGUUGCAGAUCUGUACCCUACAUUUUUGAUGGUAUUCAUUUACUAUCGAUUGAUUAAAAUCAGUCGUCAACAUGAACAGCGACUGAACCAAAAUGGCAACAAUGAGGCAAACAAUAAUCAUGACAACAAAGCUCUCAAGACAUUCCUUGUUGUUACGUUGACAUUUUUUGGAUGUUACACGCCAUUUUUGCUUGUAAAUGCAGCCGAGUCUUUUACAGGUGUUCCUAGCCCAAACUGGCUGCAAUUUCUGACAGUAUGGUUAAACACUUCAAACAGUAUGUUCAAUGUGUGGAUUUACUGUCUCUUCAAUUCAUCCUUUCGUCAAGUGGCAAAGGCAAUUUUAUUGAAGACACUUCCUUUUCCCUGUCGUGACAGGUCAGUUGCACCCGUUGUUAUUUAA